ACUUUCCAUACUUGAAGCCCGCCUCGCCCGCGGUUGCUCUCGCUCUCGCUCUCGCCCUCGUCCCGUCCUCGCCCUUACGUGUGUGACUUGCCCUGCACUCGAGGACCAUCCGGAGCCUGCCGCACACACUCACCAUGGCUGCCGCUGCUGCUCAGAACCAGGUCGAUAUGGCCAUGAGCCACGAGCCCAAGGUCGCCGUCGCCACUCCCAUGUACGAGCUGGACGAGAAGAAGGCCCUCGACACGCGCCAUAGCACCACCGACAGCCUCGGUCCGCCCGUCGAGUUCGAGGAGGACCUGGAGGGCGAGGAGCCCACCGAGGAGGACCUCGCGACCCUCCCUCGUAUCUCGGGCAAGAUUCCCUGGAUCGCCUUCACCGUUGGCUUUGUCGAGUUGUGCGAGCGCUUCGGCUACUAUGGCUGCCAGGUCGUCUACACCAACUUCAUCCAGCGUGCUCGUCCUGAGGGUUCGCGCGCGGGAAGCGACCCCUCCAAGGAGGGCAAGCCCGGUGCGCUGGGAAUGGGUCAGCGCGCCGCCUUCGGUAUCACUACCUUCAACUCCUUCUGGGCCUACACCACUCCCAUCAUUGGCGCCAUCAUUGCCGACGAGUACCUGGGCCGCUUCAACACCAUCUUCCUCGCCAUUGGCUUCUCCAUCGUUGGCCAUAUCCUCUUGAUCAUCUCUGCCCUGCCCACGGUUCUCGACAGCGGAAAGGCCAUUGCGCCCUUCAUGCUCGGCGUCAUCAUCCUCGGUUUCGGAACGGGCGCCUUCAAGUCCAACAUCUCGCCCCUGAUUGCCGAGCAGUACAGGCAGACCAAGCUCCGCGUCGUCAUCGACCCCAAGACGGGCCAGCGCGCCAUCUCGGACCCCAGCAUCACCGUCUCGCGCAUCUUCCUCUACUUCUACAUGUUCAUCAACGUCGGCUCGCUCACCGGCCAGAUCAGCAUGGUUUAUGUCGAGAAGUAUGUCGGUUUCUGGCUGUCAUUCCUGCUGCCCACCAUCAUGUUCUGCUUCUGCCCGGCCGUCCUCUGGUUCUGCCGGAACAAGUACCACAAGAGCCCUCCCACGGGCUCGGUUCUGCUCCGUGCCUGGAAGCUCUGGACCUUUGCGCAGAAGGGCAAGUGGUCCAUCAACCCGGUCCAGACCCGCAAGAACUUCAAGUCGGACAACUUCUGGGAGGAUGUCAAGCCCAGCAAGCUCGGCGACCGCAAGCCCGCGUGGAUGCAGUUCGACGAUGCUUGGGUUGACCAGGUUGCGCGUGGUCUGCGUGCCUGUUCUUGCUUUGGCUGGAUUCCGCUGUACUGGCUCUCGUACAACCAGAUGAACAACAACCUCACCUCGCAGGCCAACACCAUGACGCUCAACGGUGUGCCCAACGACGUCAUCACCAACCUGAACCCCAUCUCCCUCGUCAUCUUCAUCCCCCUCGUCGACAACUUCUUGUACCCUGCGCUCCGCAAGGCCGGUAUCCGCUUCACCCCGAUCAAGCGAAUGGCCACCGGUUUCGCCCUCGCCUCGCUUGCCAUGGUGGGCGCCACUGUCAUCCAGUACUACAUCUACAAGCUCGGCCCGUGCGGCAAGUACAUGAACCAGUGCGAAGACAACCCGGCGCCCUUCACCGUCUGGGUGCAGGCGGUCCCCUACGUGCUCAUCGGCUUCUCCGAGAUCUUCACCUCCAUCACCGGCCUCGAGUAUGCCUUCACCAAGGCGCCCAAGAACAUGCGGUCGCUCGUGACUUCGUACUGGCACUUCCAGACUGCCUUCUCCAACGCCAUUGGCCAGGCCUUCACCGGUCUGUCUGAGGAUCCGCUGCUCGUCUGGCUGUACGCUUCGAUUGCCAUCAUCGCUGCCAUCGGUGGCGUUCUCUUCUGGAUCCACCAGCGCCCGACGGAUAAGCAGGAGGAUCACCUCAACAUGCUGGCGGAUUCCACCUACAUUGGCCGUGACAAGAAGCACGGCUAUGAGGACGAGAAUGGCCGUCACGCCUAGGUGCGUGUGGUAGAGGCGUUCAUGCGUUGCUCGACGGGUCGGCGGUCUCGGCGUCGUGCUUGGCAUGCGAUUCUUUGGAUCGAUGCGGGGUUUUUCCUUCUUCUUUCUCUUAAUGUAAUGCGAGUGAUGGAUGGAGGGAUG